UUCAUACUCUCAUCUUCUCUCUCUCUUUUUUUUUCCGGCAUAACUUGUCUGUGAUUUUGAAAAAAAAAAAAAAACCUGUCUGUGAUUCUAAACUCCAUAAACUGUUUCAUCGAUAACUGUCUUUUGCUUCAGUAUCUAUAACUCUUGCUAUUUUUCGAAUUAAAAUUCAAAUACAAAGAAAAUGUCAGGAAGAAGAUCACGUUCGAGACAAUCAUCAGGGAUCUCAGAAGAUCAGAUCAACGAUCUCAUUAUCAAGUUGCAGCAGCUUCUUCCUGAGCUCAGGAACAGCCGUCGCUCCGACAAGGUUUCAGCAUCGAGAGUGUUACAAGAGACGUGCAACUACAUAAGGAAUCUGCAUAGAGAGGUUGAUGAUCUGAGUGAGAGACUUUCUGAGUUACUCGCAAACACAGACACUGCUCAAGCUGCUUUAAUCAGAAGCUUACUUACCCAAUAAUUUCUAUCUUCUUCUUCUUUAUUACUAUAAUAAUAAUAGUACGCGGAUUUUAUUUUUCUCUAGAUGAUAAUGACCUUAUAGAUGUUUAAUGAUACAAGUUCGUCACUUCUGCUUUGGUCAUAAAUAUUCGCUUGUUUCCUAUAUAAAACCUUUGCUUUUUUCAGUUACUUUGUUUGUCUCUUUUUAUAAUUCUGUUAGGGUUUUGUUCACCCAAAGACUUAGCUAUGUUCAUUUUCUAGCCUUCCUUGUUUGUGUCUUUCAUAAUUUAAAAAAUGUCAUAACAAGAGAUCUUACAUCAAAAAACGAUGAGUUUGUAACAUAAA